ACGCGCCAGCACAACUGUCGUUUAAAGGGAGAUCACUGUUAGUGAUUUUGACGUCCAAAAACUACUUAAGCAGUUGCAGUACUUACUUGAAUUCAUUUUAAGCUAUCAGCUGAGCUCAUCAACAAGGGGAAGCGCGACUGAAUAGUUGGAUGGGGAAGAGGAAGUCAGAUGACGUUGCUGAUGUGGGCAUGCGCAGGCCACAGAAAACCCAAGUCAGACAACAGCAAGUUGGUUCAGCCGACCACUCAGUGGAUACUGUUGAUACUGGAAGCAAACUACAAGAUAAAACAAUCCACAAUAUAAACGUAAAUGCUGCAACAACACGCCAAGAGGGUUCGAAAGAAAAGACGAUAGUUCCAGAGGAGAGCGAUGAUAAUGCUCAUGCCGAAAUAGCCCAUCUUAAAGAAGAACUAAAGGUUGGAAUUGCAUCCACCAGCACUCCAGCUGACAAAGACAGCCCCGUGAAGAAGAGAAGAUCUACCGGUAUAGCAGGGCGUCUAAGGAAACUCAUUGGGAAAAAAACGGACCAAGGAAAAAGUUGAUCAACUUCCAGUCUUUGUGUAAUUUGUAGACACACACCGUGAUCUUCUACAAAAAGUACACCAUUCUUACUUGCAGACUUUGUUCCUUAUGCUAUGAAGUUGUGCAAGUGCGAUUUUUAUAGUCAUUAAUUAUACUUAACA